ACUCCGUACUACAUAGAUCAGAAUCCGGAACUAAUCCCUUAACCGACUGGGUAAAGCCUUCUGGUUCCACUUUGACUUUCUCCCGUUCUCUCCGGGCGGAAGAGCUAACAACAAAGGCUAAAAACGAAUUGGCUUCGCUUUUCCCCCGGUCCACUGUCUCCCCUCCCGUUUUGCUUUGUAUGCUGUGGAAGUGCAUUGAUGGAGCAACAAAUAGCAGUUUCUUAUAAAGCCAGGGAAUAUGGGGUAAAUACUGAAAGCAAGACACCAUCAGUUCUAGGAGUUACUAAAAGAAUUACAAUGCAGGAGGAGAAUGGCCCCCCCAGUAGUGAAGCUUCUAAGAUUUGCGGUUCUAAAAGAACCAUUCCGGAUCGUCCUGUAGGCAGCAGUGAUUCUGGAAACAGGCAUCUGGUGUAUGUCCGAAGAAGACCCGAAAUGCAGAUGAAGGAAUCUAGUGUUCGUGUACCAGAAACUAUAGAAAUCCCAAAGCCUUCAGUUGUUUCUUCUUCUUCUGAGAAGUGCAAUAAUUUUUCAUCUAAUUUUGGUAAUGCACAUUCGUUGGAUACUACUAAGAGAGCGAAACUUAAACAGUGGGAAGAGCGGUAUUGCCAGUUGCAGAAUGUCUUAAAUAGUUUGGACCAAUCAAAGCAAGAGGAUUACAUCCAGAUGCUUAGAUCUCUCUCUUCAGUUGAGCUCAGUAAACAUGCUUUGGAACUGGAGAAGAGGUCAAUACAGCUUGCAUUUGAAGAAGGAAAAGAGAUGCGAUGGGUCAAAGUGUUGGAUGUCAUGGGGAAAGAUUGGAAUUCCAGUGCUUGUUAAAUACUUCACCGAUAAAAGAGACUGAACAAGAAAGUUGUAGGAAAUAUCCAACUGUAUUGAUGAUUUAGUUUUUUAAAGCCAAAGGUUGUGUGCAUAGGGCAAGUCUGGUUUUAACGUCAAACAGUCGAAGUAAAUAAUGUUUGUGUUAUAAGAUUUUUAUUAUCUGACUGCCAGGCUGAUCUGUAGCAUUUAACACACACUCGUGUAGUAUAAAUAUACAUGACAGUAAUUUUUGAUUCAUUUUGAAAUCUACUAAUGUCUAUAUUCUCUUGUAACAUGUACAAUAAUAGUAGAAUUUAUAACAUUGCUACUUCUAUAGU